UUGUGACACAAUAAAAACGUCAUCUUUUGUGCUUUGCUCUUUGAUCUUGUUGCAUAGCAACUUUGUCACUUGGAAACCAGCAUUUCAACACACACUACUUUAUUAUGACCAUGAUUUGAAGUUGUAUCGUUUCGAAAUUGGUGCAUUUUAAAACAAACGCAAUAUAAAGCAAAUUUCAAAAUGUCUGUGGCCAGCCCAAGACUGCACUCUGCAAUAGAGAGGCCCCCUUCCAAGAACGGUGUAGCUCUGCCGAUGAUAAAAGUAGCCCAUCCUUCUUCUCGUAUUGACGACCCUGCAACCAUUAACGUGAGGGGUGUUUCAAGACAAAGUAAUACCAGAUUUGGCGAUGACCUCCAACAGAAUUCUCCAACUGUCCUCAGAUCAAUCACUGCUGAUCAGAUGCCCUUUAGAAGUUUACGCUCCCCUAGACAUAGUGCGUUGCCCCCACUUGGAGAAAACCAAGAAAUCAAAGUUACUGAUGACAGAAAUAAAACAACUAUACCCAUUCUUGGCAAGUCUGCUGAUAUGAGCAGUCCAAGAAACUCAAGACCAAGCACAAGCACUACAAUAGCAACUGGGAGAGUUUCCACUGAUGAGCUUGAGAGAACACUUAGAGAGAAAAUGAAAACUGGUUACUUUACCAUAAAGAAUGCAUUUAAAUCCUAUGACCCUGAAGGAAAAGGAAAUGUGGAUAGGGAAUCGCUUUCAAGGAUAAUUUCAAACUUUGUUGGCCUCAUCAUAAACCUAAGUCAAUUCAACAAACUAAUGACAAGGUUGCACUUAGAACAGAAGAAGAUCAUUGCUUUUGAACAAUUUUACGCCUGUUUCAAACCAACUCAGGGUGAUAGCAAUGAAUAUCCAACUUGGUUAGAAUUGCAGAGAAAAGCAAAGACAACCAUGAACGCUUCUCAAGUGUACAUGCACUUGAAAGAAAAAGCAAAGCAAAGAUUUGAAGAUAUGGCUGCCAUAGUGCCUCAGAAAAACCCUGGUGGUACCAAACGUAUUCUUAAACCAGAGUUUAGAAACGCAAUAAGUGUGCUUGGUUUUCACAUGGAGGACGAUGAAUACGAUAAGCUAUGGACGAGGUUUGAUACAGAGAACGUUGGAGCUGUUAAUGGAGAGAAAAUACUUACAAAGCUUGGCAUUUCAAUAACAGAGAAUAACAGACCAAGAACAAGCCAAAGCAGUACGAAGAGUCGAAGAAGUAUAUCACCAGAAAAUAUCGAUGAUGAAAAAGAGAGUUUUGAUAUAGAGAAAUGGAUGACUAACAAAUUUAGAGAGGGUGCCAGAGAAAUGCUACAUGCCUUCUAUGAGAUGGACUUGGAGAGAAGGGGCCUUGUAUCAAAGGCCCAGCUCAAACGUGUGCUUGCAGAUUACAAUAUAGAACUCGAUGACCAACAACUAAGCGAGCUUCUGGAAAGGUGUAACUUAUCAAGCACUGGGAUGAUUGACUACAAGAAGUUUAUACAGAGAUACCAAGACAGAAGUGAAAGUGGCAUGGCACACAAGAUUCUUAACGACCCCAAUCACAAGUACAACAAUGAUAUGUAUGAAAACGAGGCCUUAAAGGAUACUGUAACAGCCGAAUCAAAACUGAUGGAACUUUUCCAGACCCAGUUUUUGUCACUAUUAGGCUCAUUUCACAAACUGGAUCGAGACAACACCAUGAAGUUGUCAGACAAACAGUUUCGUGCAGUCAUAGAAAGCAAAUUCAAAAUCGAGCUUAGUGAGGAAGUUUUUAAAAGUCUUUUGAAGAAAGUUCCAGUGGAUGAUAACGGGAUGGUGAAAUACGUUGAAUUUAUGAGUAAUUUUGAUUCAAGGGAAGCAAAAAGCCUGUUCGAUGCAAAAUCGACAGUAGCAGACUUGCGUGACGUAAACGAUAUUGUUGAUGAAAUUCCUCCACCGACUCCAAGGGAGGAGAAGUCAAACUCGCGCCGUGCCUCGAAAGAUUCUUACGAUAGCCAAGAAGGCAGAAGUGUAGAAGAACUUUAUUCUUUGAUUAGAGGAGUUGUUAAACAGAACUACCAAGAAAUUGAAAGAGAGUUCCAAGAGCUUGAUGAACUGAAUUCAAAGAAACUAAAUCCCGAUUUACUAAUCAAACUUUUGAGAAAAUUUGGACUGAAUUUGAGCAAAAAUGAAGUAAAGAGGCUAUGGGACACUUUGAUAACAGAUCAUAAAGGAUAUCUUGAAUUCAUGCAGUUUGUCAGACAUUUCAGCUUUCGCCUUAAGUCUGCAGCAUUUCCAAACUCAAAGAUAUCUCCUCCAAAACGUGGUGACAGUGACUUCAAAUUACGUUCAAAGAAGCUCAACAGUGCUUAUGAUAUGAUUGAAGACAACCUAAGAUCGAAAGUCGAUCAGCACUGGGAAGCUUUGCAAAAGCAUUUUCAUGAUAUUGAUACUCUUAAGACUGGUUUUGUCACCAAAGAGCAGUUCCAGAACAUAUUGCAAAGCUUAUGUAUAUAUUUGACAGACUUUGAAUGUGACGUGCUGAGUAAGAAAUUUGAUAUCCAAAAGAACGGAAGUGUCUGUUGGGUUGAAUUUUUAAAGCCAUUCUCGUCUCGACGACAAGUUUAUCGUAAAGGCAAUAACAUGACCAACAUUCUAACCCACCCAGCAAAAGAUCUGAUUAAUGUAUCACCAAGAGCUUCAAAAGGUUUUGCAUCUGUUGCGCAGAAGAUCCAUAAUAGGUUCUCUGGCGAUCUGAAGCAGCUGCAACGUGCAUUCAAGAAGCUUGAUAAAGAUGCACAUGGAUACCUAGCCGUUCAAGAGUUCACCUUAGUCCUCAAGCUUUGCGAUGUGGAUAUUGACCCAGAAGAGAAUUUCCAGAUGCUCACAGAGCUCGAUAAAGGCAUGAACGGCCGAGUGAACUAUCUUGAAUUUCUACGAAAAUUGGGUUCUUUGUAAAUGUUAGUUUGGCAUGAUCUAUGGGUCACAAAACAAUCUGCAGCUGCAGGUUAGCAUGCAAGGUAUUUUGGUGCCAGGUGUCCAGCAACUGUUAGUAAGAAAUUACACAAGUUUUGAUAACUGCCCAACUUCUCCAGCCCCUACCCACUCCGAACCACUUUUCCAGUGCUUGAUAUGCUGUUAUCUAAAAUACAUUGUUUUCUCGGGUUUAAUAGAAUUCCAAACGGCUAUUCCCAAAUGCCGUUUGCUAAUAGAUCCUGUACAUAAAUUUCUUUCCAAAUAGCUUCCCAUAGAUCUUGGUUAUUUUUCUCAUUUGAGCCAAAAGGACAUUUUGAUACUUAUGUGUCAUAUUUCUAUUAGUUUAUGCUCAAAGAGCCAUUUAAUUGUGCCUCUUCGUUUAACCGUCUUUCACUGUAAAAUGUUUAGUGGUUAGUCAUUUUGGGACAGUCUUGGAGUUUUGACAUACUGUAUUGAUGCUCUGGUCAGUGGCGUACCCAGGGCUGAAGCAGCGGGGGGUCUGGGGCUCAGCCCCCAUAAUUUUUUUUGACCACGCCCUUCAAACACUUGGAAAUGCGGGGAAACACCCUUUUUGCAAAAUUUUCACCCAUUAUUUGAUUCAUGUUAGCUACGGUAAAUAGCAAAGUAUUUUACAAUUGUUAUCUACAAAAGCAUACAGUAUACUACACCCCCCCCCCCCCAAUGAGUUUUACAUCGUUUUUAGACACAUCUCGAGAAUCAUAUUUUAGAAAAUUGGGGGGGUCCGGACCCCCCUAUUCCCCCCUUGGGUACGCCACUGGCUCUGGUGUCAUUUAAUGCAUCAGAAUGAUAAAGACAGUUUAUGUAUUCUUGGUAACUUGGUGUUGUUGUGUACGACACUUGACCAUUCAAUACAAGGGGAAGAACUCCUGUUCUUAUAUUAAGGGGUCAGUCUGCGUUUACUCUUAAUUGAAAGGAUUAUGCCUAGCAUUCUUUGAUCUGAAACCAUAUACAAUCACGGCCUAAACGUCACUUUUCAAAGGCUAGUUCAGCCAUCUCCUCUCCCCAAAGAACAAUUUGGAUUUCACUCUUAUCGUUAUUUUAAUCUCCACCUAGAUAUCAAGGGUAGUCUUUGAAGAGGCGUUAGAAACCAAAAAGGAUAUUUUUUGCUCUGCAAAUAUUUCUAAAUACUUCGUGCCAAAAAAUUAAAGUUUGCGUGGCACAUAAUUAUUUUGAGGUGCUUCUUCCCACUUGAAGAUCUCUUUCGGUUUGUUGCUGGGUCAUUUGAUUUUUAAAUGAUAUUUUUAGUACUUUUUCAGCAAGGGUCUUCUUAAUAAAGGGGUGGUUGCCCAGUGGAUUUUUUGAUUAUCUUCUAUCCCUAUCCAGUCAAGCAGGAGAGAGCAUUGCUUGGUUACCUUCAUGGAUGCGUAUCCCUUCACGCUAAUCGAGAAAAUAAUUGCCUUAUUCUCUCUCCUUUUCUCAGUUUCUUAAAAAUUUUGAGUAUCAGGUCUUUUAGGCGUUAGCACGAGUUUUCCACUAUAACUACGAAACUCAAAUUCGUUCAAAUAGUGGGUUUGGCGGGUCCCAGUUUCUAUAUCAAUAGUUUCUGAGAAGCGUUUUUCCUCGAUCAUUAAAAUGCCGAACGACAGUAGAGGGAAGGGCGUUAAGCUGCCCCUACCAAUUACAGUUUUAGGUAACUGUAUUUCCAUCCCCUCCCACUUUUUUGCAACACAAGAGAGCUUUUUUCAAUUUUUGUUCGUUUUCGGUGUUAGAUUUUCUCCUCCCCCCCCCCCCCCUUUCGAACGUGUGUCGGAGCCCAUGCGUUUCUUUAUGCACCUUAGCACAAAUAUAUCUCAGAUUUGGUAAAUAAAGAAGGGGCUAUUCUGAUCCUUUCUCUGCUUUGGAACCUUCAACCCAGUGGAUAACACAUCUCCGAUGAGUCAUGCCAGCCAAGCAAUGAUGCUUCUCAGUAUAAUAUUAUGUUUUUCUGUUGUUAUUGUUGCGAAGGAUCUUUUGGCACUUUUUCCGACUGAUUGUGAUUGCGAAUGACCCGGUAGAAAAACAAAAAAGGAUUUGUGCGUGGGUUGCAGGUGCAGAGGCCGAGAAAGGCUUUCGAAAGGAAAAGAGACUUUUUCCCAUGACUUAGUGUGUCAAUGAUCAGGUUGAAUUCUCAAAAUGAUAAAAGUAUUAGAAGAGCCCUGUAGCAUAGUAUUUUAACGGCCCGCCUGUAAAUUCUCACGAUUAAUAUCAGUAAAGAUAGAACAUCGAUUUACCAUCGGUAGAGUAACUAUCGAACUUUAAUAGGGGAUCAUUAUUUUUAUUUUUAACAACAAAACACGGACCCAGAGGUUCCUGUAGAACAAACCGACAGGGGAGACAAAAAAUAAGAACCAGCGGUAUAAUCAGUGGGAGAUUUAAGGGGGGCAACUAGGGGCAGUUGCCCCUCCCUCGACGAGUUGAAGCAAGUCUGGCGCCCCUUUUUUGGAAAUUGUGCGCCCCUUUUGAAAAUUGAGAAUCAGGUGAAAAAGUUUCUGAGACCGAUAGGUUAAUUUGAGUCAAGGAUUACUCAAAGUUAUGUUGUCUAUUCUGAAAAUGGAUCUUAAAAUUGUUAUAUACAGCGUACUCUCGUCACCAAUUUUUGAAAUUUUUCAGCGCCCCCACUACCAACUGCCCCUCCUGCAAAUUUGCUUCAGAAAGUGUAUUACAAUCAACAGUUAAGGGGGGAUUGACUUUUUAGCAUCAGCAAGGGGGCUCAACCACUACACUUUUGUCAAGGAUAAAUUUUUAUCCAUUAUAGGCAAACAGAAGAGUGCUUACAUAUGCGAAUAACAGGCAUUGCCUUGAUAAUGAAAAAGUGAUGUCCUUGUCGCUAACCCAACACAAAGUAUAUCAUAAACACUGCAUCUUCUUUGUUUUAAUAAUCAAUAAACUAGCAAUCCAUAUAUUUCCAGUAUCGGCUAAAGGAUGACCUAGAAAGUAUUUUUUCAUGUGUAAAUAGCAACUAUAGCAUUGUAAUAUUGUAGCUCAUAUGUAAGAUUUGAUUUUAGUUGAUGAAAUACAGCAAUGGCAAGA